GCCCGGCCUCGCUCACCCAACCCCACUGCAAGCCGGCCCCAGGCCGCCUCGCCGCCGCCCGGCCUCGCUGCGCGCCACCAUGGACAGUCCCGUUUUCCCCUGGUAAAGAUGGCGGUGCGCGAUCGCUGCAACCUUUAGACUAAUGACUGUCCGAAACAUCGCCUCCAUCUGUAAUAUGGGCACCAAUGCCUCUGCUCUGGAAAAAGACAUUGGUCCAGAGCAGUUUCCGAUCAAUGAACACUACUUCGGAUUGGUCAAUUUUGGAAACACGUGCUACUGUAACUCCGUGCUUCAGGCACUGUACUUCUGCCGGCCGUUCCGGGAGAAUGUGCUGGCAUACAAGGCCCAGCAGAAGAAGAAGGAAAACCUGCUGACAUGCCUGGCGGACCUUUUCCACAGCAUCGCCACGCAGAAGAAGAAGGUUGGCGUCAUCCCACCAAAGAAGUUCAUCUCAAGGCUGAGGAAAGAGAAUGAUCUCUUUGAUAACUACAUGCAGCAGGAUGCUCACGAGUUUUUAAAUUAUUUGCUAAACACUAUCGCGGACAUCCUGCAGGAAGAGAAGAAACAGGAAAAACAAAAUGGGAAAUUAAAAAACGGCAACAUGAAUGAGCCGGCAGAGAGCAAUAAGGCAGAACUCACCUGGGUCCAUGAGAUUUUUCAGGGAACACUCACCAACGAAACCCGAUGCUUGAACUGUGAAACUGUGAGUAGCAAAGAUGAAGAUUUUCUUGACCUCUCCGUUGAUGUGGAACAGAACACCUCCAUCACCCACUGUCUGAGAGACUUCAGCAACACAGAAACGCUCUGCAGUGAACAAAAAUAUUAUUGUGAAACGUGUUGCAGCAAACAGGAAGCCCAGAAGAGGAUGAGGGUUAAAAAGCUGCCCAUGAUUUUGGCCCUGCACCUAAAGAGGUUCAAGUACAUGGAGCAGCUCCACAGGUACACCAAGCUGUCCUACCGAGUGGUCUUCCCUCUGGAGCUCCGGCUCUUCAACACUUCCAGCGACGCUGUGAACCUGGACCGAAUGUAUGAUCUGGUGGCCGUGGUUGUUCACUGUGGAAGUGGUCCUAACCGUGGGCAUUACAUCACCAUUGUGAAGAGUCACGGCUUCUGGCUGUUGUUUGAUGAUGACAUUGUAGAGAAAAUAGAUGCUCAAGCUAUUGAAGAAUUCUAUGGUCUGACGUCAGAUAUAUCAAAAAAUUCUGAAUCUGGAUAUAUUUUAUUCUAUCAAUCAAGAGAAUAACUUAGCGGAGUGUGGGACUAGUUGAAGCGGGGAAAUCCUCAAAGCUCUACAGCCUUGUUUCUCUGCAGACCUCCCUCUCCCCCAGCGGCCCACUGAUGUUAUCACUCUGAUGCCCACUGGUCCUGCCUUUGUGUUUUUACAUGCAGCACCACUCCUGGUUCUGUUUUGGUCUGAGGUCGAGUUAACUGCCCUUGACUGUAGUCAGAUUUAUAUGAAUAACUGUUGCUAAUUUUAAGAUUGGGGUGAGUGUUAUGCCCCUUGUCAUGUCUGGCUAAACUAGAAUGACAUUUCCUGGAAAUGUCAUGGUCCACCUUGAGUGUUUGGUCGGUUUCCUGAGUGGUCCCCGGGGUCCCCUUUCCAUGCAUUCCUUUGACACACCCCGGAAGCUUUGCUACCCACUGUUG